GGCGGCCAUCUUGAAGGCCCGGGAGGCGGUGCCGCGCAAGACGGAGCGGAAGCGCUCGGCUGCGUCUACCCGGACCGAGCGAAGCGCCGGCGCGGCCGCCACCCGCGUCCUCCUUCCCGCGGCCCUCGGGAGACCGCGCUCGGCCGCAGUGGACCGCGAGCAUGUCCGAAGGUGACAGUGUGGGAGAUUCCGUCCACGGGAAACCUUCUGUGGUGUACAGAUUCUUCACAAGGCUUGGACAGGUCUAUCAGUCCUGGCUGGACAAGUCUACGCCAUACACGGCUGUGCGAUGGGUGGUGACGCUGGGCCUGAGCUUCGUUUACGUGAUCCGAGUUUACCUGCUGCAGGGUUGGUACAUCGUGACCUACGCCUUGGGAAUCUACCAUCUGAAUCUCUUCAUAGCUUUCCUUUCUCCAAAAGUGGAUCCCUCCUUAAUGGAAGAUUCAGACGAUGGCCCCUCAUUACCAACCAAACAGAAUGAGGAGUUCCGGCCCUUCAUUCGCAGGCUCCCAGAGUUUAAGUUUUGGCACGCGGCGACCAAGGGCAUCCUGGUGGCCAUGGUCUGCACCUUCUUUGAGGCGUUCAACGUGCCGGUGUUCUGGCCCAUCCUGGUGAUGUACUUCAUCAUGCUCUUCUGCAUCACGAUGAAGAGGCAAAUAAAGCACAUGAUCAAGUACCGGUACAUCCCGUUCACGCACGGCAAGAGGACGUACAAGGGGAAGGAGGACGUGGGCAAGACGUUCGCCAGCUAGACGCGGCCGCCCUCCGCGGGCCCUGGACGGCCACGAGUUGCUGUGACGCCGUCUUCUUUCCUCACAUAAAGUAGUUGAUUACAAGGGAGUUAUUUUCUUUUUAAAAAGGAGCUUCAAUUAUUUGUAACUGAAAUAUCAGGUUCUUGAAGAAACUGGCAUUUAAACC